AUGUAUUUCUCAAGAGUUAGCAUCAUAGUCAGCAUGACUGCUUUAUUCGCAUCUGCUUUUGCAACGCCUGCAACUCUCAUAUCUCGACAAGAUGCUAUCUGCAGCAGCGGUAGCCCCCAAUGUUGCGAUGUUGAUGUCCUUGGUGUAGCUGAUUUGGACUGCGAGACUCCACCGGCUGCAUACACCGAUAUAGCAUCUUUCAACGAUCUCUGCUCCUCUCUUGGAAAAAUCAACAUGUGCUGCGAUCUCCCCAUCUUGGGCCAAGGUCUUAUUUGCACUUCUCCAGAUAAUUCAUAGGGGAUUCGCGAGACUCUAUACUUGCGCGUAGCUCAGAUGCCGAGCAUAUUUGGGUUUGACGGCUCGGAAAGACUCUUGACUCUGAGAUUCACUUACGCCGUGAUUCUUGUGUAUUGCGGUUUGGAUGAUGGAGUUGUGAAGAUGGAUGUUAGCUAUUGAUUCUCAUUUGGCGUCUUGAUUUUGUUCCGCCAUGUAGACACACAAUGUACAAUGUUUAUGAAUCACGCGAGCGAAGUCUGUAUGUGAUAGGAAGGAGUACCAGAUUAGUAACCAGCAAAUACAAUUCGUUUUUU